CAGAAGCUCAGCAUACAUGUUGUGACAUGGAAUGUAGCCUCUGCAGCACCCCCUCUAGACCUCAAUGACCUGCUUCAGCUGAACAACCAGAACCUGAAUCUGGACAUAUAUGUCAUUGGUUUGCAGGAAAUGAACUGUGGGAUCAUGAGCCUUCUUUCUGACACUGCCUUUGAAGACCCAUGGAGCAGUUUCUUCAUGGAUGUGCUUUCCCCUCUGAGCUUCAUCAAGAUCUCCUGUGUCCGUAUGCAGGGGCUCCUCCUACUGGUCUUUGCCAAGCGUCAGCAUUUGCCCUUUAUCCAGAUCCUCUCUACCAGAUCUACCCCCACUGGCUUCUAUGGGUACUGGGGGAACAAAGGGGGAGUCACCAUCUGCCUGAAGCUCUAUGGCUAUUAUAUCAGCAUCAUCAACUGCCACCUGCCCCCUCACCUGGCCAACAAUGACCAGCGGCUGGAGCACUUUGACCGGAUCCUGGAGAUGCAAAACUUUGAGGGACGUGAUAUCCCCAACAUUCUGGACCAUGACCUCAUUCUCUGGUUUGGAGACAUGAACUUUCGAAUUGAAGACUUUGGGUUGCACUUUGUUCGGGAAUCCAUAAAACACCAGUACUACAGGGAGCUGUGGGAGAAGGAUCAGCUCAGCAUUGCCAAGAAACAUGACCCACUGCUCCGGGAGUUCCAGGAGGGCGCCCUGCUCUUCCCACCAACCUACAAAUUUGAUAGGAACUCUAACAACUAUGACACCAGUGAGAAAAAACGCAAGCCUGCAUGGACCGACCGCAUCCUAUGGAGGUUGAAGCGGCAGCCCCAGACCAGCCUCCACACCCUUAGCCCUCUGGCCCCCCACUUCUCCCUGUGUCUGAGGAGUUACGUCAGCCACAUGAUGUACUGCAUCAGUGACCAUAAGCCUGUCACCAGCACCUUUGACUUGGAGAUGAAGCCGUUGGUAUCUGUCCCGCUGAUCACCCUGAUCCCCGAGGGCCUGUGGACUAUGGAGAAAGACAUGGUGAUCAGCUAUUCCUUGGCCCCAGACUUCCUCAGCAGCCCCUGGGACUGGAUUGGACUGUACAAGGUGGGGCUGCGCCACAUAAAUGACUACGUUACCUAUGUCUGGGUUGGGGACAACCAGAUCUCCAUCAAUGAUGGGCUGAAUCAGGUGUAUGUCAACACCACUGACAUUCCUGAGACUGAGGAUGAGUUUCUCCUCUGUUACUACAGCAACCAUCUACAUUCUGUGGUGGGGAUAAGCAAACCCUUCCAGAUUUAUCCCCGCUCUUGUUUUGGGGAGAACACACUGGAUGAAGCCCAUCUACAGAUCUGA